AUGUCUUCACCCACUCAGAGCGCAACUGGGCGAAACGCGACAGCUUACUUGGAACAGGUUGGACGUUUCCUGAACGACCAAUCCAAGCCGGUCAAAGAUAGCAGCCAUGCCGACAGUUGGUACUUGAAGUGCACCCAGAAGAUUAAUCAGAAAUUCAAGGACAAUGCGACAAGCCAAGAAAAUAUCGCAAAAGGCCUAGUCAUGACCAUACAUGGCGAAAGACUAUUGGAAGUCGAUAAACCGGAAAUUGAGGAAGCUUGGGGUUUCAGUCUUUCUGUUUGCAAGGACUACUGCAGUCGCGAUCACAUCAAUAUGGCCACCAACUUCAAUCGUAUCGCCGCCGGGUCAACAAGCUAUCUUCUUCCAUGGCUGGCCCUUACAGCGCAGCUGCCAUAUGAGACGGGGGGCACCGGCUCUGACAUCAUGAGUGUUUGCCUUGGACUUGGAAGUCCCAUGCUAAUGACAGUUUCUCUCAUGGUUACGAUUCUCAACAAAACUUGGAUUCGAAAGGCAUUCAGAAAGCUUCGAAAUCAAGAUGGAGUGGAAUCCGGGACAGGGAUGCUAGCAAAAGCAAACGGUGCUGUAGUCAUCACAGAAGCUGCUCAACAAGCACCCACACGUCUCGUCCAGAUAGAACGGGCAUUGAUGGCACAAAUGUUUCUGAGCGACCACAACGGAUGGUGGAAACAAGCUGGAGAUAAACUAAAGACGACUCGUAGAGGGGUCACUCUGUCACUCGUGGCUCAACUAUCAGUAGCAAUCAUAGCCUGGAUUCUUACGGCGGUAGGAUCCCUGAAGACAAAAGUGGGCGAUACAGAGGAAGCUCUCGUCCUUUCCUCGGGAUCUCUUUGGAUCUGGCUGGUCCCUGUCAUCUUAGGCUGGAUUCUUGUGGGUACGCAGAACAAAGCCGGCACCAUGCAGUCGGCCCUCAAAGGGGCCAGUAGUUACCGCCCUGAAAUUGAAGUUGCAGACGGACUUCGGGCUGCUCCAAACGCACGGAACAACUCAAGAAAUGGGAGUACAAGCAGUCGCACAAGACUGUGGAUAUUCAACGUCGCCGGAUUCCAGAAGCAAGAAGGACCGGCCUUCAAUUACGCCCGCACUCUGACCUGGAUCAACUUCGCCAAUAAUCUCCUUGUCGCUUAUGAGGAUGCGAUUCGUCCUCAUAACAUGAAUGCAACUGGUCCGCAGCAACCUCCUGAAUCUCAAGCUGCUCCACAGCCAUCUCCCGCAGGAUCUCAAGCCAACCUCACACAUCAAGACAGCAACAGUAUUCAUCGGGGUCCUUUGUACGAGUACUCAACAUUGGAUGGGCUGUCUGAGGCAAAGCCUAUCUUUUGGAAACAUUUGGCUUUUUCGAUACUUAUGGGCGUCCUGAUACAAUGGGGUACAACCAUCCUUGCAUUCAUCCUAGCCUUUGAGACAGUAGUCAAGGGCCUGGGUUGCAGAUCGGGUAGCUACCUCAUAUAUGGCAUACUCUCGACUGCAGCGUGCGCAUCUUUGGUUCUCUCCGCCGCACUUUCCCACGUUGCUAUGCGAGGAUACGAGAGAAUACGUAUCGCACAGCAACACCAGAAUGAGCCGAGGCUUGGACUAGGAGCACAACUUUGCGGAGCUUUUGCAGUCUUCUUACGGUUACUUGGCUGCUUCUUGCUUGUAGCUAACACUGUAUGGCUUCUGCUGAUUUCUAUAUGGGAGCUAAUUGGCUUCUUCGACAGCUGCUACUGCGCGUCGACGGAGCUAAGUAAGAAAGAGUCCGGUUGGAUCCUUCUGUUCAAAGGCACGGAUGCGCUGAAGGAAGAUGCGCAAAAAGCAUGGGGAGUUGGAAUUGGUUUGGGAUUCGUUCUCAUUUUUGUGGCAAUCGCUGUAUUUUAUCUGGCCUCUAGACAUAAACACGACUAG